UUUAUUGUCCCUUGUCGCCACCCGUCCGUGUCGUACGACCUGGUCUCCUGCUUAGAAAUGGCUGAAGCUCCACCACGGCCCUGCCGGUUUUUCUGUCACCGGUGUUCAGCAGAGAUUAGUCCGCGUUUACCGGACUACACCUGUCCACGCUGUGAUUCCGGUUUUAUUGAGGAACUGUCUGAGGAAGGAAGUACUGAAAAUGGGUCCGUAUCCACGUCCUCCACCGGUGAUCAUAACCGACCAGCCUUUGAGAACAUGGAUCACCAACACUUGUUCACAUUUCCCUCUGGGUACGGUCCGUUUGCCCUUGGGAUUUUUGAUGAGAACUUCGACCUUCGAACGCGGCUACCCACAGAAGACAACCGCGAGACAGAAAACAGGAGAGAAAGGGAAAUGGCAUCACGACAACGAUACGGUGCACGGCAACCCCGGGGUCGACAUGUUCCUCGACGACAGGGUACGCGCCAUGAAGGAGUGCCCACAUUAGAGGGAAUUAUCCAGCAGUUAGUAAAUGGAAUCAUAGCGCCUACAGCCAUGCCAAAUAUGGGGAUUGGACCAUGGGGUAUGCUACAUUCCAAUCCAAUGGACUACGCCUGGGGUGCCAAUGGUCUUGAUGCUAUCAUUACACAGUUAUUGAACCAGUUUGAAAACACGGGUCCGCCUCCUGCAGACAGAGAAAGGAUUAAGAGUUUACCCACCGUUACUAUUACAGAAGAACAUGUGGGUGCUGGUUUAGAGUGUCCUGUGUGCAAAGAAGACUACAGCGUUGAGGAGAAUGUUAGACAACUGCCAUGCAAUCAUUUGUUUCACAAUGACUGUAUAGUUCCAUGGCUGGAACAGCACGAUACGUGUCCUGUGUGCAGGAAGAGUCUAAGCGGACAGAACACAGCCACAGACCCACCAGGGCUAUCGGGAAUGAACUUCUCUCCCUCGUCCUCAUCCUCUUCCUCCCCCAGCUCACCUAGCAAUGAAAAUGCUGCCAGAAACUCAUAGAUGUUCACCACCAACGUCACCUCGCAUCUGAAAACCUCACAACAUACGACAUACGAGAACCAACGCCUCCUAGCUGAGAACAGGACAGCAGUCUGUCUCAAUUCUAGGGGACGAUAUGAGUCGAGUUGAACUCUGAAUCUGUUGCAGAUUUUAAGUCAUCAUUCCUCCCUCUGUGUUGAGCGGACACCGGGUCCAGCUUCUGCUGCUGUUGUCGCAGAGUAUUUGAGGAGGUGGGACUAAAAGUUGGAAUGUGACCAGAACUGACUGGAGCAGAGUUUGAGCCGGAGUGGACUGCUUUUUGACGGAGACGUGUGUUUGCCACAAGGCUGGGGCACAUUUUUAUAUUUAAAUAACAGAAUGCUCUUUUUUUUUUUUUUUUUUUUAAACAUAGCCUGUGGUGGUGCAAAGUCAGUAGAUGUGUAGAUAGAGAAUUCAUUUUGAAUAAUCUGCCACUGUGCAGCUGGUGGAUCAAACUAAAACCUUGUGGAAGGAAACUGAGUGUAUGCAUCUGAUUCAUAUUUAUUUGCACUUUUGCUUUUUUUAUUUUGCACAAAAAUUCUGUCUGAUGUUGAGAAUGUGAAUCAGGGUAAACUACUGAACAAAAAAAAAAAAGACUUCACAUUUUUUGCAUUGAAUAAGUUUUUUUUUUUUAUUAGAUUCUCUUUUUAUUAGAGAUUCAUCCAGUGAAUUUGCAUCUUGACAAGGUAAGACCCUCACAGCUCAACAGUGGACAUGUUUUUAUUCCUUAAGAGAAAAAAACUCACUAACAUACUUAUUCAUUGAACCCUUGCCCAAAACUCAAAUUGAGCAUUGUAACAAAAAAAAGACACAUAAAAAAAUACCUUACCUCUGUGAAACUGGCCAAAUGUGAUUCACAAAACAAGUGUUUAUUAUUUUAUUUACAGAUUUUUCGUACUGUUGCAAUAAAGUGCUAAAACAAACAA